UGCGAGCACCAUCCACAGCCAGGAACCUGCAUACUGUAUGUGCCAGACUGCAACGCAGCCUCUGAAAGAGUGGGACAGAAAUGAGCAGAGGAGAGUGCGACAGGGCUCUUUCGGGAAGUGUCUAAACAGAUUUCGGACAUCAAAGAGCAAAGGAAUAAAGCUGAUUGAUGUGGGAGAAAAGAAGAAGACAAGAGCACAGCAGGAGAAGACCAUGGACCCUCUCAGUAACAGCUCCGCGUCCAACUCGAGCAGCCCUGAGCACAGCGAGGCGUCGCUGGUGGCGUUAGGCAUGCUGUUGUCGCUGCUGGUGCUGGGCAUCGUGUUUGGGAACAUUCUGGUCAUCACCGCCAUCGCCCGGUUCCAGAGGCUGCAGACCGUCACGAACUGCUUCAUCAUGUCGCUGGCCUGCGCCGACCUGGUCAUGGGCCUGGUGGUGGUGCCCUUCGGGGCGUGCCACAUCAUCCUGAACACCUGGCACUUCGGCAACUUCUGGUGCGAGUUCUGGACGGCCACGGACGUCCUCUGCGUCACAGCCAGCAUCGAUACCCUGUGCGUCAUCGCCCUGGACCGCUACCUGGCCAUCACCUCCCCCUUCCGGUACCAGUCGCUGCUGACUAAGUGCCGGGCCUGGAUCGUGGUGGUGGCCGUGUGGCUGGUGGCCGGCCUCAUCUCCUACCUGCCCAUCCACAUGCAGUGGUCGGUCUCCAAAGACCCCGAGGCCCAGAGGUGCCUGAAUGACACCCACUGCUGCGACUUCAACACCAACACCGCCUACGCCGUCACCUCCUCCAUCGUCUCCUUCUACAUCCCCCUGGUGGUCAUGGCCUUCGUCUACGGCAGGGUGUUCCAGGAGGCCAAGAAGCAGCUCAAGAAGAUCGACAGGUGCGAGGGCCGCUUCUACGUCCAGAGCGGCCUCCCGCAGCAGGAGAGCAGCGGCGAGCCCAAGGGGGGGAAGGCGCCCCCAAAGAGGGCCUUCAAGUUCUGCCUGAAGGAGCACAAGGCCUUGAAGACCCUGGGGAUAAUCAUGGGAAUCUUUACUCUCUGCUGGCUGCCCUUCUUUGUGCUCAACGUGGUGGAGGCCAUUGGCCAGUUCCAAAACACCAAGCUGACGUUCAAGAUUCUUAACUGGAUAGGGUAUGCCAACUCGGCCUUCAACCCCGUGAUCUACUGCAGGAGCCCCGAGUUCCGGCACGCUUUCCAGGAGAUCCUGUGCCUGAGGCGGUCGCCUUUCCCCACGCUGGGCCCGCCCAAUGGUUAUGUUUACAGCGGACACAGCUGGCAGAACGACCCGCAGGCAAAGGGCAGAUCGAGCUCGGAGGACAGCGUCACCCCGGAGGGGACGCUGGCCAAAUGUCGGGGUCCCCUCUCCGGGACGGACACCAACGGCAACUGCAGCAAAGCUCUAACGACUGUUGUAUAACUCGCUGACUCCCCCAGGGGGAAAAGGGGGAGUUUUUUUUGGGGAGGGGGGGGGGACACAUUUUAUGAAUGUGUUUGAAUGUACAAGUGGGGAAUGCAGGGGGUGAGACUGUGGGAGGGGGUGGUGGGCGCCAUUGAGUGGGUUCUGCUAAAACGAAAGGAGCCCACUUGAUCACAUUCGCUCUCACGGCGGGAGAGUGGGUCUCUGCAACUUUAAAUUUCAUUUCACCUACCUCAUUGUUUUUAUUUUUAAUUUUUUAACGAACUAGGGACAUGACUUCUUUUUUAACGAAUGCAGGAGAGCAAUGCAGCCAGGCUUACGUUCUUACAACGAAAGAAAACUCCGGAUCCUUUCAAGAGCGAAGAAAAAGGAAGGGCUCUUUUUUUUAUUGAAGGACAAACGUGAAAACGGUACCAUAACAGUAUUUAAUUGACGUCUGCCGACCAUGCUAGCAAGCGGUUUUGUAGAGUUCAAUAUGUUUUGCUCCAACAAUGAAUUAUCUUGGGGGGAGUCGAGGGUAAAAGAUUCAGAGUGGUGUCUCGGGCUGUCUAGUCUCAGGAUUUGCACAAUGUGGAAGUGCAGUCUUAACUUUUAAUCACUCACUAAACAGGACGUCAAGGACAGUGCACUCGCGAUCGAGUUUAAAUCCGCCUUUGACAAAACUGAAGAGAAAACAAAAACAGGAAAAAAGAACUAUAACGAAGUAUACUCAAAUUAUUAGCUUGCACAGCAUUCAUCUCGUCCGCAUCUUCAAUACAUUCCAGUUUCAUUUUGUGGAAAAUUUAAAGCGAGGCUUAAUAAAGCGCGGCGCUGUCGACUCUGCUCCCCAACAGUAACCCAACACUCAGAGGGAAAAUAACAGGUGCAAAGCGCCGCUCUUUCCGUUUAGGAGGAAAGGGCUGCAAAACAGUUGAGCAAUGCUCUUCGACAGUUACAGCCCCCGACAGCUUUUCUGAUUGGUAAUACUCUUGAAGGUUAACCCCGUUUUGUCUUGUGGCUGCGGUGUGUUGAGUUUGCCGAGACUCCCAUUAUGGGGUUCAAAGCUGAAUCGAACCCAGUGCAGGGGGGAAGGCAGUCCGGUCUGGAAGUCAGCUAACAAAAAAAAACAACCCAAGGCGAAUCCAGGCUGAAUUCCAGCUGUAGCCGCUGGUGUAAAGUGUAGAUACCAGAGGCGGUAUCGAGGUGUAGUGGUGGGGUUUCGGAUUCCCAUCUAGAAAGUUGUGGUAUCAAAUCGCAAGGAAAAACACGCGAAGUACUUCACCCAGAUCGCAGCAGUGAAAUGCUCGGGUGUGUAAACAGAAGUUGGUCUUUGCCGAUACAAUCGUUAGCCAAUUAAGUUAAUAAAAGCAGAUGAAAGUCACUCUGACCAUUCUGUAACUACAGUACAGCCAUUACCAGACAGACAGCACUACCGACUGUUUCGACUGCUACUAUUAAAAAGCACACUCAAAUGUAUCGAUCUUAAGCUUUUGAGACGUUUUUGCUGUCGUGGCUUCUCGUAGGAAGAGAAAUCUUUACUGGAGGCUGAAAAGGUUCCGUCACGACAUUUACUGCGAAUGGGAAGGGAAGGGAAGAUGAGUUCCUGCGUAUACAUUACAGUAUAUCCGACUCGCAAAGCACCCGAGUCGAGUAUUAACCGCAACGGCUCCAGUCCAUUCUUGCCUCGCAGAGACGCACCAGUGCGUCUACACACCUGUCUCUGCUCUGGUCUAGAGGUGUUUUCUGAAAUACAGAGAUGAAAGCAUCCGGGCAGGAAAUCAGACCGGGGGCGGUUAUAACGCGCGCAGUACGAAAAUACAUUUAAAUAAUUUCAGCCUUCUCGAAGCAAACUUCAUGCAACAGAAAAUGCAUUUUGUGAUCAUUUGCGCCCAUUGCAUGCACUGAAAGAAAAUCGGAAUAGCUGUCUCUAUUCCCAGUGUGCCUCUUAUCACCAGCGUUAGCAAUCGGUAAAUUCGUGAAAGUGGCUUAUUGAAAUAUACUGUAGGCGGGUAUCAAAACUGUGAACUUAUCGUAAUCACAAGCAUCAAUAUAACUGGCAUUCCUCCUAUUCACUUACAGUAAUUACCGUGUUUUCAGGCUCUAAAGUAAUCAAAGCAUUGUCGUUCGCCUUUCAUCCCCUUUUCAUUUGUUGAGUUUGAUCAUAUAAAUAUCGUUCAGAUAUUAAGAAGGGGCACUUUCUAAUACUGAGAUAGUUUCAUCGUUCACUGGUACUAAAACAAAAAAUAAUCGACAUAUACGGAAUAAAAGACAUACAAUCUGUAUGUAUAUUUUGUGUAUAUGUAGACCUGUACAGUGUAUGUGCACGGAAACAUUUUUUCUUUGCGAGAUCAUUUUAAUGUAAAAAAAAAAUAUUUGUAUAAACGUCUGUAAGUGGAUAUCAAAUGAAAUCCAUACUAGAACGGUUUUUCACAGCCUUCUCAUUUUUGAUGGUGCAUACCAGUUAGAAAACGUGAGAUAUAUUUUUAAAAUUUGUUUUAAAACAAAUGAUUCUACAUAGAACUGCUUGAGAUGCACUUUUGUAACGUGAAACCAACCGUGUGGAAGAAUUUGUAUACACCGCCCUCUGCUGGCGACUUACGCAUCUGCACACUUUAUGUCCUGUCGCAGCACCGUAUAUUACGGAAACCCUCAUCAGCAGUGCUCGUUAUGGGAACGUAUCUCUCUCUUUCUGUGUGUGUUGGGGGCUCAUCCCUCCAAAACUCAGCCUUAUCCCUGCACUGUUCAGGAAUCAGUUUUUAAUAUGUGCAAUAGCCUUGCAACGAGCCAGCUGAGCCCCGUGUUCCUUCGAACCCAAAACGCAUCAAGUGACACUAAAAAACCCAGCGCAGACAGAAUAGCAUCGGCAAGUUUAGGUUGUGGGUCUUUUUCCAGGGACCGCAGGAGACAAGAAUGUCAAGUCAAGAAUGCAUUAUUGUUCAGGAAAAGUGGCAGUGACACUAUCAUCAUCAUCAUCACAAUCUUCAUGAGAAGUCAGUACUAAAACAUAAUAACUCAUAAUGGGAUAAGUUCCCAUUCCCCUGUAUUGAAUCAGCAUCAUGACUCAGUGAUGGAGCAUAGGGGAUUCAUGGUAUGCCUACAAAUAGUCCCGAUGUUUUUCAGCCGGGCUGCAUGUUACUGCUCAUGUUAACUUGCAGCUCUCGCUAAAGUACCGCUGCGGACCCCCCCGCAGACCCUCCCUGGGAGCCUGUGGGCAAAGGGAAAGGAAAGAGACAAAGGCCACUGUCCUGGGACGCCGGCUUGGCUGGGCUCGCUCAUCGGCACACUGACAAGGCUCCAACAGUACAAGGCUCCAGUGACUGGCGCGCACGUUGAAUGUUUACUGUAAUUACUACGCUAUGUUUCGCACAAAAUAGUCGUCUGUUUGUUGCUGUACUUUUGUUGGAAGUCAGACGUUCAACGAUAAGAAAAUUUAAACGUUCCAUUGUAUGUUAUAUUUAUUAAAUGCAAAUGGAUUCGGACAUUUGUGUUUAAAAAAUAAAGAGUGUAUUUAACG